AUGGGUCACCGGCCGCUCAAGGCUUUUUGCCUGUCGUUCCACACAUACGCGCGGGAACAUUACAACGAGUCUCUCAUGUGGGCGCACGCGCAGCUCGACUUUGGAGGGGAAGAAGACUUGGCGGAGUUCGGCAACAAAGUGAUGAGGCGCUCGCGAACGGGCGUCGCGCAUUUUGUGGAGAAGAGGGACCAAGCGACGGCGCAAAGGCCUUCACUGCAGGAACGGCAAGAUGGUGGGCGCAGUAGUAAUCGUUUUGAUGGAAAAGUUGGAGAGGAGGGUACUGAUUCGGGCGCGAGAGGCGGUGCCGUUCCCGAUUCGGUUAUUGGUGGCUCUGGCUCUGCUCUUCUGAUGAAUGAUGGUCCGGCAUCGCGUGGGGGGACUCCGACGCCGCCUACAGCGGCAAUGGCUGCUGGUAGGCGGGAAGUUGUCAAGGCCACCGACUUUGAACGUGAACAAAGCUUCAGGUUGGCAAGGAGAGGCACAAGCUGGGCCUAG